UUGAAAACGCUCUACCAGGGACGCAUUGUUUGAUUGGCCAUUUUAUUUUCACAUACGGCAAACGUUUUUAGCCGCUUAAUAAUUAUUUUUGCUAUUUACUUAAACAAAAAUCUGUAUCAAAAUGACGAUUGGCAAAAAUAAUAAAAUGAUUCAGCACCUGAACUACAGAGUUCGAAUAGUUCUCCAAGACUCGCGCACUUUCAUUGGAACUUUCAAGGCGUUUGACAAGCACAUGAACCUCAUAUUAGGCGACUGUGAGGAAUUCCGUAAAAUUCGAUCCAAAAACUCCAAGGUACCAGAGCGAGAAGAGAAACGCGUUCUGGGCUUUGUGCUCUUGCGCGGCGAGAACAUUGUUUCCUUAACCGUCGAGGGACCGCCACCACCCGAGGAAGGUCUUCCACGCGUCCCCAUCCCAGGGGCCGCUCCAGGACCCGGAAUGGGUCGUGUGGCUGGCCGUGGUGUGCCAAUGAAUAUAUCGUCAGUGCCCGCUGGUUUACAAGGUCCAGUGCGAGGUGUGGGCGGUCCCGCCCAGCAGCACAUGGCGCCAAUGGGACGCGGCGUGCCUAGAGCUCCAAUGAUGGGCGCUCCUCCACCUGGCCUCAUUCCCGGCGGCAUUCCAUCGAUGCCAGGUGGCUUAGGACGAGGUGCUCCUCCUCCAAUGCGUGGACCUCCACCAAUGAUGCGAGGAGCUCCUCCACCAGGCCGUGGUGGUUAUUGAUUCACCUUGCUGCGUUUAUCUUUUAGUAAAUAAAUAAUUUCAGAAACUAA